AACAAAUUGAUAAUAUUGUGUUCGAAUUCCGGCAACAAACUAAUAAUUAUCGACAUGUGUUAAAGUUAAUGUUAAAUAGUUAAAAUUAAAAAACAUUCGAAAGUCAGCAUCAUGGAAGACUGUGUUGGAUUUAAGGUUCUCCCGGUGAAAGUCAAUGAAAAUUCCAAAGUUAUUCGUCAGUUAUUUUUAAAAAUGCAUAUGACUAGGGAAAAAUGUGCACAAAAACCAGAAUAUCAGACACUGUUUGUGGUCGGUGUUCCUGAAUUUUGCAAUCAGAAAACUAUGAAACAUGCAUUUCGUCGCUGUGGUAAAGUAAAAUCUGUAUAUUUUCACAAUGAACCCACUCCAAUUGAACCAGAAGUAUUGCCAUCAAAAUAUUUCAUCCCAAAACCAAUUAAAGGCUUUAAAGUGGCUUAUGUCGUGUUUGCACACACAUCUGGAUUGGAAAAUGCAUUGUCGCUGAAAUGUACUGAAAGUGAGCCUUUCAUAUUGUCUACACAAACUGCUCCAAUCACAAAUAUAGUUAACCGAUGGUGUGAGAACUACAAUGACAAUAUUGUUGAUGGAAAAGAAUUACAAUCUGAGAUUGAUACUUACAUGUCUGAAUAUGACAAAACAUCAGCAGCUCGAAUACAAACAGAAAAAGAUACAGUCGACAAUGAAGACGAAGAUGGGUGGAAAACUGUUUCUAAAAAAGGGCGGAAUCCUGGAUUUGCACGCAAGGAAGUUAUUAAGAAUAACAUAAUGAAAAAUGAGGCUAAGAAAAAGAUAAAGAAAACACUGAAAAACUUUUAUCGAUUCCAAAUUAAAGAGACUAAAAUUAAUCAAUUGAUGGAGUUACGCAAUAAGUUUGAUAAUGACAAAUCAAAAAUUGAAUUACUUAAACAGAGCAGAAAAUUUAAACCUUUUUAAGAUUUUAAAUAAAUUGAACGUAUUUUGUCGGACAACAUUUUUUAUGUUUUAUUGUAAUCUUAUUGCACAAUUAUAAUUGUUAAUAAAAUUGUA